AUGUCCCUAGCACAUUUGCGAGAUGGACCGCUUUCUGAACGCAAGGCUGCCAGAGCGGCAUCCUUGACCAAGCGAGCUGCCCGCCUGCGCGCUUUGAACCAAAUCACCAAAUCCAUCACCCAGCAAUGUGGUCUCCCUCCUGCUCUCAACCUCGAUUUUGACUCUCUUCCUUCUCCCCCGCACACUCCUUCCGAAGAUUUACUGUUGAAUGCUGCCGACUUGGAAAAAGGUUUGCAUUUCCAGGACUCGUUAUUGCCUUUCUCCCUGGAUGCUAUAGAACAAAAUCCCGCCAUCAAAGCUUUAGCUCGAGACGUGUCUUCUCCGACCUAUUCUGGAACCGCCAAUGGCCGCUCUCACGUACCGGCCCCCAGUACCGACUCAGAUCUCACUACGAACUCUCACAACAACUUGCGUCCGGAGAAGAUAGACCCACAGCGGCACUCCAAUGAUGAUUCUUCAGUCACUCCGUCUGGGCGCGAUGGCCAAAGACAUGGUCCACGCACCGUCCAUCUCCCACCCAAAGAAGUUCAGGAAGAACGAUUUCGCGAGAAGCAACUGCGUCAAGAAGCACGCCGGAAAUCUGCUGUCGAGUCUGAAAAAGCUCAAACUGAAGCCGCAUCAUCGCCGAUAUCGACUGCCGGUGUUCCUUCAGUGGCUACGCCGGUGCCCGCCGGUCCAUCGCCUUUGACCAGCACUGAUGACGACAUCACCUCCGCGAACCAGACUGUGAGUGUGCCUCCUAGCUUACAGCCAUCGGUUGAGGAAGUUCGCGCCAAGGAAGAACACGACAAGCUAUUACAAUCGCAAAAGGAGACUGCCUACCAGGAGGCCCUUGGACACGAGGAUGAUUCCCCUGACGUGCAGUUGCGCCUCGAGCAGGAGCAAGCGGCAAAAGCGACCAGAGACGCUACAUUGGAUCCCAAGCCCUCCUUAUUGGAUGUUGACGACAAUACUAGCACGACAAUAGCAGCCCGUGAUAGAUCUCGAGCUGUUGCGUCUGUGCAAGCCCAAUCCGAAUCACCUUCAGACUCCGUUUCCGACGCCUCACAAAAGAAGAGAGCUCCACGUCCUUCACUUGUCAACAUUAUGCCACCUAAGGAUCCCACCCUUGCUAAUGCUGUCGUCGAGAACACAGGCUCUGUGCGCACUCAAUCAACUAUGGAAGUGAAUGAAUCGUCAAGACCGUCUCUUCUUGCUUCAAAGCGCGCCCACACGACAGGCGAAGUUCUCAAGGUCAAGACUGAGCAGCCAAUUCUCAGGCGCCCACAGCGGCCGGUCAGGGAACAGCCGCAAUCGCCAGCUUCGCUACGAUGCUCAGAACUCUUGAAAAAAGAGGGCUACAACACCCUGAAAGGAGUGUCUGUCGAGCUCACCAAGGACUACCUGGAGCCACUGUACCGCAUACAGGUCCACGAGCCUCCCAAUGGCAGACCUUUGCAUGAACUCUUGCAGAGAGCCAGUAAAGUCAUCACGACUACCGAACAAUUUGCCGGUUACCACGAGAGACAGGAUCAACGAAUUCUCAGGAGGAUCUAUCAGCUCCAGAAUGCCAACCGCUGGUCCCUCAGACAAAUGCAGCCUUGUGCUGAGCCAGCUGCUCCCAAAACACAUAUGGACCAUCUCAUGGCUGAGAUGAAAUGGAUGAGGACCGAUUUCCGUCAAGAGCGCAAGAUGAAAAGAGCAACAGCCAAAUUCUUCGCAGAACAAUGUGUAGAAUGGCACCGUGCAGACAAAGAGACGCGCAGGUUGAUGCAAAUCAGACUCAAGUCAGUCGAGGCGUUGCGUCAGGAUACAGCGGCUCCACAUUCUCCUGCCGAGUCGAACUUCGAGAACAGUGAUAGACACAGCCAAGGAGCCCAAUCGCCACCUGGACUGGACAAUGAUGUUGAAUCCAGCGUUGAGGACUUUGACCCACCGAGGACACCGCAGUAUGCCACCGUGGUUCCGUCUUCAUUCUUCACUGCCAUCAACAUGGAUAAGGACACGUUUCAUAUGCAGGACAACGAGACCUUGCACAGCGCUCUCGCCGAGCUCCCCCUACUCACUCCUUUCGACGAGGAUGAGACACCCGCUCAUUUGAUUGUCAAACGUCCAACUCCGGCAGUGUCGAAGUUCUGUGCUGCCAAGAUGAUGAUUGAUGCCAGUGGCCCACUGAAGAAGAGAAGCCGAUACGACUACAGUGAUGAGGAUGAUACGAUGGACGACGCUUCGAAGCCAGCCUCAAAGAAGCCACGUGCGAGCGAGGACGAUUCAGGCUUGCGACCAGAACAGACAGACGUUGCUCUGUUCGAACCCGAUAACAAGCUUUUGCGAAGUAGACUGCACCAAAACACCGCAUUCCGGCCUCCGUCAGAGUUCCAGAUGCCAUCUUCACAAUUCUACGAAUUCAGAGUGGCAUCGCAAUGGACGGAAGAAGAUCAACAAGCUCUGCGUCGUCUUGCCAAAGAAUACUCGUUCAACUGGUCGCUCAUUGCAGACAGUCUGUCAUUAUCCUCCACAUUUACCAGCGCAUCUGAUAGACGUACACCAUGGGAGUGCUUUGAGCGUUGGGUGGAGCUGGAGAGUCUUCCCAACGAGAUGCGCAAAACUCUUUACUUCAAGACAUGGAACCAGCGACUGGAGGGAGCGAAUAGGAACAAUGAAGCCAAGUACCAACAACAGGUCGCACAGCUUGCACAGACUCCAGGACAACCUCCUACAGUGAUGCGGAAGAAGACAACACCAUUCAAAGUCGACAAACGCAGACAGAAUCGGUACUUGCACAUGGUGGACGCGAUGCGCAAACUGGCUAGAAAGCGGGAGCAACAAGCUCAUAAGCAAGCCGAAGCCCAAAAAGCUGCGCACAUGCGCAAGCAACAUGAAAAUGCAGCACCGAAGAACGGAAUACCGACUCCUCAAGAAUUCAGCAAGAUGCGCCAGGAGCGAGACGUUCAGGUACAUGCACGACAGGAACGCUACAGAGAGCAGAUGCUCGUGCAACAACGUCAGGCUCAAAUGCAACGGAAUGGUCAGAUGCCGAACCAGCAAGCGCAUUCUAAUGCUAGUGCUCCAAACCGUCCUGGCGCCAACAUGCCUCAUCCUCCGGGCUCUCAAGCACAACCUGGUGGGCCUCAACAGGUUAACCAUCAGGGUCUGCCAAACGGACAACACCCUAAUACUGCUGCUCAAGCAGGUGCUCACCUCAACACGCCACAAACGGGAAUGCGUGGUGGUAUACCGCAAGCUCAGAUGCAACCAAACAUGCGUCCCGUGACCAACGGUCAAGUUCAUGGAACGCCAGACGGUAUGCAGCAGAGAGUACUCGAGGCGCAAAGGGCCAAUCAAACAAAGAUGAAUGGGCAGCAGUACCAAAUGGCACCACCAAAUCGAGCAAGCCCUGGAGGUAUGCAUGUCCCCAAUGGGGUGGGAAAUCAGCCCGCAAUGAACGGCAUGCAGAACGUCCGCACUCCUGGUCCACAAGCACAAAACCAUCAGUCGGCUACGAACGGCAGUGCUGCUUCACCGCACAUGCCACCACCACCAACUCCCACAGGUCAACCGCAACAGUCGGUGUCACACUCUAGUGGCGUUGUCCCGAACAUCACGUCAAUCACUCACCAGCUACAAGCGCAAUACCCGCAAGCGUCAGCAGAGAAGAUCCAGGAGAUGGCAACCGAACGCCUGCGACACAUCCACCUGCAAGGACAGCACCAGCAAUCUCAUCAGCAGGCUCGUCAAAGCGCACUAAGUGCUGCUGCUGGAACACAUGCAACUAAUGUCAUGCCAAACGGAUCGCCAGCUUAUCAUCAGAAUCAGACAGCCUUCCACCAGAACAACGGCAACGGACAGCAUACAGCUUUCAACGCGAACAACGGCAACGCGACAGGCAACGCAAGCAAUGCAAGUGCACAACAGUACGCUGCUGGUAUGCGACAACGGGUUCUAGCUCAACAAAGCCAAAUGCAACACCAGAACCAAAAUCCCUCUGUGCCUAACAGCGGCAGCCCUCGAGUGGCACAGGCCAGUCCAGUACCUGGCAUGGCGGCCCCGAGUCCAAACAUGGCCUCUGCUCACCCAUCGCCGAACGCACCUCUUGGUGGCAACAAUCGUACGCCUACCCCUCAGAUGAGAAGGAUGGGCAGCGGUCAAGGGGCUUCGGCUUCUGGAACACCUCAGCCAGUACCUCAGCUGCAGCAGACGCCGUCUGCUAUGCAGCGCCAAAGCCCUGUUGUUCAGCAAGCCAGUCCAAGACCUGUUUCUGCUGGUGUUGUGAGACAAUAG